AAGUGAUAGACUUGAUCCAGACUGUAGAAAAAGCUCUAUCUGACCUGACAGAUCUGGGGAACAUUGGUGCAAUUAAGAACCCUCUUGUAAUCAAGUCUAUUGAGAGUAAACUGCCUGAAUUUGUAAAAAGAGACUGGCUUUUCUUCAUGAUUGACCCUAACAAUGGUGUGACUCCAGAAAAUCACUUUGACCUCCUGUUGGAGUUUUUAAGAAGACAGGAAGAUGUUCUUGAGAAACUUGAACAGCUCAGAGUCACAGAAAAGGUAGAUAAAUCUGAAAAUAGAUUUGAAAGGAGGUAUGCAUCUACAAAAUCCACGAAGAAAGAGCAUAGGGGCAGCUUGUGAACCGAUGUGUGGAGCUUGUCGCUGUGGGAACUGUCAGCCAGGUGGUAAGGAGAUGACACUGGUAGAGGAGAGAGAACUCGAAAUUAUAAAAGGGUGUCUUACCUAUCUAGAAAAUGAUGCUCACAGCAAGUCUCCUCAUUGACACGCAAAAUAUCCCUGGACUGAAAAUCCAGCUUCCCUUCCCAAUAAUAGAAGUGGAGUAGAGGCAACAUUUUUGAGAACGGAAAAGCAGCUCAAGAGGGAGCCAGAGUGGAAAGUCGCUUAUACAGCUCAAAUUCAUGAAAUGGUGGAACGCGGAGCAGCAAUCAAGCUCACUGAAGAUGCAAUUAAUUCCUGGAAUGGACCAGUAUGGUAUGUGAGUCACCUGAUUGCACCAAAUCCUCACUCCGUUACGACUCCAGUGCGCUUGGUAUGGAACAGCAGUCAGAAAUUUAGAGGAGUAAGUUUGAAUGAUCUUCUUCUGAAAGGCCCAGAUUUUCUUAAUCCAAUCAGAGCUGUACUUCUGAGGUUUAGGAGAGGAGUGUAUGCUGUCCUUGGAGAUAUCAGGAAGAUGUAUAACUCUGUAUGGCUGGAGGAGAAAGAAAUGCAUCUACAUAGGUUUCUGUGGAGAGAUGAUCAGAGUGAAGAAAUAGGAGAAUAUGCAAUCACCAGAGUUAACAUCGGUGAUCGACCGGCAGGGUGCAUUGCACAGUUGGCCAUGCGUGAAACUGCAAAGCUGACUAAGUUUUCUCAUCUACAUGAAGAGCGCAAAGUCAUCGAAGAGGAUAGUUAUGUGGAUGAUAUUCUGACUUCCCACAAUGAUCGGAAACAGCUGGACAAAAUAACCGAAGGUGUUGAGGAGAUCUUAAGAGCUGGAGGGUUUUUCUUGAAGCACUGGAUUCGGUCAGAAGAAAGUUGGAAGCCUGGUGAUGGUGAGUCAGUAGAGGCAACAGAAGAAGACAGAAUUCUAAAACUUCCAAACCAGCUGAGGGAUAAAGACAACAAGGCCCUUGGAGUUGGGUAUCUGGCAGAAAAGGAUACACUUUACAUCAUGACAUCAAUUAACUUUUCCAAGCGAAAGAAGAAAAUGAGGAUCGGACAAAACCUCCUCAAAGAGGAGGUCAGGACCAAGACUCCUAAUCCUCUGACCAGAAGAAUGCUACUGAGUCAGGUGGCAGGAUUGUAUGAUCCGAUUGGCCUGGUCACACCGGUUAAGCAAAAAGGGGCCAUCCUUGUACGAAAGGCAUUUCAGGAGGCAGGACGUGGAAAGUUGGCCAAAGAUACAUGGGAUGAACCACUGUCAGAAAACCUCAGAGAAGAAGCUAUUGAAGUGUUUGAGGAGUAUGUUCACCUAAGCAAGGUAACGUUUCCCAGAGGCAUAACACCUAGAGGCUGGAAAGGAAAACCGUUGGGAAUCACGUUCUCUGAUGGAAGCGAUAAGACCUAUGGAGCUGUAACAUAUUUCAGGUGGGAAACAGACCAGGGUAUUGAAGUGAGGCUAAUUGAGUCCAAGGCCAAAUUGACUCCUUUGGAUCAAAAAGGGGAAGCAGUCAAGGCUGAGAUGUGUGGUGCAGUUUAUGCAGCAAGACUUAAGAAAUAUAUUGAGAAACAUUGCCAAGUGGAAAUUGACCAAUGGUUCCAUUUGGUGGACAGCCAAACAGUGUUGGGAGCUAUUCAACGGGCUAGCUAUGGCUACCAGUCCUUCUUUGCCAAUAGGAUUGGAGAGAUCCAGAGAACAACGCUAGUUAAGGAUUGGUGGUGGAUCCCAGGUGACUUAAACAUUGCGGAUAUUAUCACAAGGGGAGGUAGUCCAGAAGGCCUAAAACAAGAUUCUGCAUGGCAGAGAGGGCCUGUGUUCUUGAAAUGGCCAGUGGAGGUUUGGCCAAUUAAGUCAGCUGCUGAGAUUGCAACUGCUGCAAGAGAAGCUAUUAACAGACUUCAGAGGAAAGCAUUCUCUGCAGUACUAACCAGAAGUCUGGCUAAGAAAAAGAAAGGCUCCGUCCUCCUGGAGAAAAUUAAAGUGGCCGUUCAUGAGGGAGGAGGAAAUGACCUCAUUGCAGAUUCAGGCAAUUCUGCAAGUCAGAAGGAAAAGGCUAAGAUUGCUCCAUCUGGAAGGAUAUAUGACUGCAUAGUAGCAAGUAAGUUACUUGAAGUUGAAAGAUUCAGCAAAUUGUCCAGACUGAUCAGAGUUACUGCUUGGGUGCGUCGAGCUGUGAAGAAGUGGCUGAAGAUAAGAACUAAGACCUUGGGUUCAUCAAAGUGGGAGGUAAAGUCUUUGGAAGAAAGUGUCAACGAAGCUAUCUUGACGGUAAGAGAACAGGAGGAUGCCCUUGAAGAUCUCUUUCUAGCAGCCCAAGAGAAUGUGAUUUUUUCUGAUACUACCCUCAGUAGGUUGGCAGUGUACAAGGAUGAAAAUUCUGGACUGUUUGUUUGUGGAGGAAGAAUUCAAAUCUUCAAUGAGGAUAAGACUGCAGUUCCAAUCUUACCAUAUAAUACAUAUGUAUCUACACUUUUGGCUCAGGAAGCUCAUCAAGUAAACCAUGAAGGAGUGGCUGGAACUUUGUUGAGAAUGAGAAGAAAAGCUUGGAUUAUAAAAGGCCGCAGACUAGCUAAGAAAUCCGUAGACUGCUGUGUGACCUGCAAGAAGGCAAGGUCGAAGCAAUGCCAACAGAUUAUGGGAGACCUUCCACCAGAGCGGUCAGAACCAGCUGGACCAUUUGAGUUUACAACCUUGGAUUUGUUUGGACCUUAUUGGGUAAAAGAUGAAAUAAAGAUGAGGGUGAGACUCAAAGUUUGGGGAGUUGUCUUCUGUUGUAUGGCAUCAAGGGCUAUCCAUACUGAUAUUGUCAGUGACCAAUCAACAGAAGGAUUUCUGCUGGCAUACCAAAGAUUCACAGCUUUAAGAGGACAUCCUAGGAAACUGUGGUCAGACUCAGGAUCAAAUUUUAUCGGGGCCAAGCCUGUUCUUGAGGAUCUUCAUAAGUUCCUAGAGCGACAAGACAGAGAAAAGUUAGGAAUUGAAGCAGCCAAGAAAGGCACGGAGUGGUCUUGGAAAAUUCACCCGGCAGGUUCCCCUCACCGGAAUGGUGCAGCAGAAGCGGCUGUCCGUUUAGUUAAGCGGGCCCUACUGAAUCUAGGCUGUAACAAAGUUAUGUCAUGGGGGGAAUUUCAAACUUUUCUUUACACGGCAAGCAAUUUGGUCAAUGAAAGACCUAUUGAUGCCAGGACACAAAGUCGAGAAGACUGUGUGGAAUAUGUAAGUCCAAACUCUCUUCUCCUGGGUCGUACUGGGAGAAAGGGGGAUCAAGGAAGUUUUGAGUUUGAAGGCUAUCCAUACAGAAGGCUAAGAAUCAUCCAGGAAGAAGUCAACAAAUUCUGGAGAAGUUGGUGUCAGCUGGCAGGUCCUAACCUCUUUGUAAGAAACAAGUGGCAUACUAAAGAGCGGAACGUUGCCGUGGGAGAUGUGGUAUGGGUGGCUGACCAGAAUGCUCUAAGAGGUCAGUACAAGAUGGCCAGAGUCGUCGAUAUAAAUGCAGACAAGAAAGGAACCGUGAGAGAUGUAAUGGUCAGAGUAUUCCCCAGCUAUCCUGUCUCGAUUGUUAAACCAAACCAAGCAGAAACCGGCAAGAAUGUCAAACCAACAAAAAAGCAUUGUGACAAAAUUCCAGCUACGAUUCUGCGUAGGGAUGUGAGACGUUUGGUAGUUCUGAUUCCCAUUGAAGAACAGUAAAGACAUUUCAGCUAAGAAGUGUGUGUGACCUCCUUCGGUCAGUUGACCAGGAGCUCAAGUGGGAGGUGUUAAGUUGAAUUUGAGAGAAAGAAAAAAAAAGGAAAAAAAAGAGACAUGGUUAAAAAGUAUAAAUUCAUCAUUGGUAAAGAAGAUUUAAGAUCAAAAUGAGUGCAGCCUAUUGGUUGGGAGCACAUGGUGCAACCUGGGAGAAUCAAGGUAGCUGAUUGGUCAUUGAAACUCCACAUCUCCAAACUCCACCAGGUGUGUGUGAUUACUGGGAGCAAGAGGGAACUUUGUUUGCAGUAAAUGUGCUUCUCCUACUGAAUUUGGUGGGUUUUGGUGUUCAAAAUACCAAAGGAGAAAGACUGUUGAAAAGCCACAAUGUUUCAUCAACUUUGAGAUGCAACUGGUUAUUAAGCUAACCUUCUGGAAUUAUCAUUGAGACAAGUACAAAAGAAGAUCUAGUCAAUGAUGAGAGAUUUUCAAUAAACUGCUUCUAUGAUGAAGAACCAGAUGGUUUGAGUUAUUCCAUGCACCUUCAGAGUUGAUUGAGGCCUUUUUCAAGUUUGGGCAGACAU